UGGAUUACACGCCCCAGCAAAGGGGAGCCGAGGGCCUAUCGGGCGGAUCGGGUAGGGGCGUCCGAGCCGGUUUGACGGAAGGAGCGGCGUUGGCGGUGGCGGAGGAUGGAGGCGGUGGUGUUCGUCUUCUCGCUCAUCGACUGCUGCGCGCUCAUCUUCCUCUCAGUGUAUUUUAUAAUUACAUUGUCUGAUUUAGAAUGUGAUUACAUUAAUGCCAGAUCAUGUUGCUCGAAAUUAAACAAGUGGGUAGUUCCAGAGUUGAUCAGCCACAGCAUCGUCACCGUACUAAUGCUCAUUUCAUUGCACUGGUUCAUCUUCCUUCUCAACUUGCCUGUUGCCACUUGGAAUAUCUAUCGGUUCAUUAUGGUGCCAAGUGGUAAUAUGGGAGUGUUUGAUCCAACGGAAAUACACAAUCGAGGGCAGCUGAAGUCACACAUGAAAGAAGCCAUGAUCAAGCUUGGUUUCCACUUGCUCUGUUUCUUUAUGUAUCUUUAUAGUAUGAUUCUAGCUUUGAUAAAUGACUGAGGCCGGAGCAGCCGUGGCUGACGUCAGCCUACACUACAGCGCGCCGCGUGGAGCCAGAGGCCGCCGCAGUCAUCCUUAGGGCCGCAACCGUAGCAGUAUAUUUUUUCCUCCUGGAACAAAAAAAUAUUUUUGCUGUAUUUUUACCAUAUAAAGUAUUUAAAAA